AUGUCCAACGGUAAAAUCAGGCCAUCCGAGAAAAAGCGCCAACGAAGUCGGUCAAAGUCAAUAACGCCGCCUCCAGAACUUGACGUGCAGACCAUCCAGAAAACGAGGGAUACCGUAAGGGAGAUCAUGGGGUUCGCCCCGCGCCCCGUGUCGCCCGCCUACGAUGCAGACGAGGACGAGUUGGUCGACAACGUAGAGCUGGAUCCGGAGCUCGCUGUAAUUGCGCAGGAGAUUCAGAGGCAGGCAUCUCAAUUAGGAUGGGAUGAGACACCUGUCAUUGAGGGCGGUGGCCCGGAGAAGGUGUCCAUCAAGGUUCGUUGGGUCCCCCAUCCGCAGGAUACAUCAAGAAAGUCGGAGUUGUUCGAAUACGUCCUCAAACGGCAUGACACAUUCGAUCAAGUGAUCGACGAAGUAGCUGAUUUUGUCGCUGUCCUUGCUGACCGUGUAUACCUGAUGAUGGACAACAAGCGUGUUUUCCCCUCGGCAACUCCUCACAGUCUAGGUGUCUGGGCUGAAGCCGAGCUGGAGGCAUGCGAGAAGUUUACAUUUGACUAUCUCCAGUCCGCUCGACGGCAACGUUCGCUUUCCAUUCAGCCUAUCGAUAUGCGCGAGAGAUCGCUAUCAGAACUUCGGACGCCCUCUCCUCUCCUCGAAGAAUCCGACGGGGAAACUGGCGUUGAGCUACUGUCGGAGGAAGAGCAGGAUGAUAAGAUGAAGCUCACGCUGCGCUCGGCCGAAACGAAGGACAUUUCCUUGACGGUUCGUCCGACGACAACAUGUGUGGCUAUCCUCAAGGCAUUCUUGAAGAAGGCAGGGAUCGCGGAUCAGUACCCGGGUAUCAGCGCAUCGCCGAAGAACAGCAGAGGCAGGAAGGGUACGACCAAUGUGCCUGCGCUGGUGAUCGACGGCGAGAAGCUGAGCCCUGCGUCGCAGAUUGGCGAUGCGGAUGUGGAGGAUGGGGAUCUGGUUGAGGUCGUCGGUUUGUAG